AUGUUUUUUAAAUCGUUGGGCGCGAAGGCCCGGUACGUGUCGCUCAAUUUGAACGGAGCACCGGACAGGUUUGCAAAAUUACAGGCCUUCUGUCGGGCCACAGACCCGGUCGCACUCGGCCGCGCCAUUAACUCGAAACUGACCGAGGCCAAACGCAUCAGGGAGAACGCUGUGGGCACCAUCAUAGAGUUGACCAAGGGUAAUGACAAUAUGCCCGAUCUACUCUGCGCAAUAAAAGCAUAUACGGACCAAAUGGUGAAUCUAUACGGACAGGUGGAUGACAAUACCCGCACUUUUGUCAGUCAAAUCAUGAGUCUGUACAAUGAUAUGGCCGACUCGGCCGCUAAACUGUCGGUCAAAGCGAGCACCGGGUGUGACAUCGAGAACGGCCAUAAGCUUGAAGGCGCGCAAAAGUACAAGUCGUUUCUGUUCCCAGUGUUUAAGGCUUUUAAUAAGUUUCUUAAGUAUACGCCAGACGUGACAAUGGAUAUCGCAUAUGAGAGAGUGAUUAUGAUUGGCACCGGACGGCCCUAUCCCGACACCGACGAAGCCUUAGAGCAGUACUGUAACGAACAUUACUACCAAUUCUCAGUUGAAGUGUCGUCGGGCACAUUGUUCUACAACUCGCUGAACCCGUCCACUAGGAGUGUGACCAGCAUUCUGUAUAAAAUGGGGAAUUACUGCAAAUUGUUGGCCUUCUGUCAACUGUCCGAACCAAUACAAGUAGCCAAGAGUCUCAACUCUAAACUAGAUGAAGCGAAAAAGUUAUUUGAUAGCGCCAUAGGUUAUAUGGCAAACGUGAUCAACACUACUGAAGCACUUUCACAAUCGGAUGAGCCGACCCAAGUGUAUGUCCGCAAUGUUAUGUCAGUGCUUCGGGAAAUGGCAGACGUGGCCGAGAAUAUGACGAGUAAAGCGGUCGACACGUGUGACUUCAGCGAAGGUCUUAAGUAUAAAUCGGAACACAAAUAUCUGUCACCUCUUUUGCCAUUUUUCAUGACUGUCGACAAGACUUUCAACGAGAAAUACGUGUCUGAAAGCGCGGAGCAAUCAUUUGACAGAAUGCUCGACAAUUUUAUGGGCAUUGGGAACGGGAGACUAUUCCCAGCAACUGACGAGGGUACUAAAUAUUAUUGCAAUCAACCAUAUAGCAAAUUUUGGCCCCGAGACCUACAGUUGGCCGAUAAAUUCUUUCGCUCAUUUGGCAAUAAUAAGACAUACGAUUUGAUUACGGCGUUCACGCGGCCCAACAUAUACAUACUAUUUAACUGGUUUUGCAGUUCACCCGAUCCGACUAAAUUAGGUAAAACGAUUAAUGCCAAAUCUGUUGUGAUCAAAAAUUUGCGAAACAAUGUAAUCAGCAACAUGGUCAAUUUGGACACACGCAGCGACAGCAUUGCCGAUGUAAUCUGUUAUAUUAGAUUAUACGCGACUAAACUUGUGGAUGUGUUUGAAGGGGACCAAUUAUCACAUGAUAAUGCUAUACGUGUAACGCAGUUGUAUCAAGAAUUUGCCACUUUGAUAGAGACUAUGACCAUGGUUAAAGGCACCACUAAUUGCCAGUUAAAAGAUCUAUCGAAAAUGGGAAGCGAUUAUCACAAGUAUAAGACAUUUUUGGUGCCGGCGGUCAAAACUGUCGAUAGGUUUAUAAAUGGUAAUACAAAUGCAGACAUUACAAGUGUAUCCGAUUCCAGCAAUAGUCUAAUCAUUGAUGAGGUGGUGGACAAUGUCUUCUGGGCGGCCACUUUCCACAAAUACCCGGAAACUGAUGCUGAGAUCGCGCAAAGCUGUAAGCACAGCAUAAUACCCGAACAAAAAGUAUCGAGUAUGUUGUUUGAGUUCAUGAAUACACUGAAUGUAAAAACGCGACAAAUUGCCGCUCAAUUCUAUGCGUCCGAACCGGAACUGAAAGGGUUGUAUUGCCAACACUCGGCUCCUCUAAGUGUGUCCAAAGCCAUGAAUGACAAAUUGGAGGCGAGGCAUACGCUGGUCGACAACGCGUUGGGCAGCUUAUUGAAAUUAAAUGACCAGGCCACAGCUACCAUGGCUGAUGUUUUAUGCAUUAUCAAUUCAUAUGGCACUCAAUUUGCAGCUAUAUAUGACGCAAAGGAUCCGAUUGUGGGCCCGUAUAUAAGCCAAUUGGUCGCCAGACUAUUGAAACUCAUUAAAACAGUAGAAUUAUUGUCCACCAAACCGGCGGACACGUGUGACAUAAGCGACGGUCACAAGUAUUUGCCCGAAAAUAGCAAGUUAUCACUCCUGACACAGUUGUUGAGAUGUGACCUCAAAGACAGCACUAAAUAUCAAUCACAAAACAAAUACCUGACACUAUUGUUGCCGGUGUUGAAGGCAUUCAAUGUGUUUGUGUAA